CCUUUCGCCUUUCCACACUUCCGCCCUUCCAGAGACACGAGAUUCCACCAUGGGCUGGGAAGAGAUUUCUGUCCACGGGUACGAUGAGUUCGAUCGGGUCGCCCGCGAACAACAACAGCGCGGCCAAGUAUUUGUGUAUUUUAGCGGUGACAAAGAUCCAGUCAGCGGUACUAGUUGGUGCCCAGAUUGUGUUAAAGCUGAACCCAUUGUACGAGCUGAACUCCCAAACCUGCCAGAUGGAUCUAUAUUCAUUUACUGCCAAGUAGGACCCAGAGACUACUGGAAAAAUCCCAAUAAUGAAUUCAAGAAGAAUCUUAAGUUAACUGGGGUGCCUACACUUCUCAAAUAUGGAACUCCUCAGAAACUGGUGGAAGAAGAUUGUUUUAAAGCUAACCUUGUGCAAAUGCUGUUUGCAGAGGACUAAGCAACUGAAGCUAUUACCAGCAGGGGAAAUGCUUUUAGAUGAAACCAUUAUCAUGUCAAACUGCCAGUGAAUAAAUCUAUAAUCUAAGCUGACAAAUUUAAAUAAAAUCACUAUGGAUUGUGUUUAACUGUCACUAUGGACAGUUAAAAUUGUGGCUAGUUUAUAUGAACCCAUUUGCUGGAGAUUAUCUACUCAUAAGAUUAGAUUGGAUUCCCUUAGUUUCAGUGUCUAAGGCAAAUAUAUUUUAGAAAGAAUUCAGGCUUCUGCAGACAUUUGCCAUUUUAUACAUUUUAAAUGAACACCCACAGCAAUAAAUACUGUUGAAUUUCUU